AAAUCUCUUCUUCUUUGAAUAAAAAUGGCGGGUAACGGCAAACUGAGCAAGUUCCCGGCUGUCGCUGCCGCGCUGCAGGUCAUGCUGCUCGUCUUCUUUGCGUGCUUUGUUGCGUAUGGCCACGACGCGUCCAACUAUGCCGACACGGACAAUGCCGCCGCCUCGGCUGCGAUGGUCUUCAAGUACGGCAAGUUCCAAGACGUCCAUGUGAUGAUGUUGAUUGGCUUUGGCUUCCUGAUGACCUUCCUGAAGAAGCACGCCUUCACUGCAGUCGGCGUCAACUUCUUCCUGACUGCGUUUGUCCUCCAAUGGGUGACGCUGACGAACGGCUUCUUUGAGAAGCUCUGGGAGGGUCACGACGCGCUCGACCAUAAGAUUGAGUUUAGCAUCCUCACAAUGAUCAACUCGGACUUUGGUGUCGCCGCCGUGCUCAUCUCGUUCGGUGCGGUUAUCGGCAAGGCUUCGCCGCUCCAGCUUGUCACCAUGGCUUUCUUUGAGUGCAUUUUCUACUCGGGCAACAUUAUCCUUUGCAUCUUCAAGUUCAACGUUGUCGACAUUGGUGGCUCCAUUGCCAUUCACACGUUCGGCGCGUACUUUGGCCUGGCCGUUUCGUACAUGAUUACAACCCCGAAGGCACGAAACAACAAGAACAACGGUUCCAUGUACUACAACGAUCUGUUCGCCAUGAUCGGCACCCUCUUCUUGUGGAUGUUCUGGCCCAGCUUCAACGGUGCCCUUGCCUCUGGCUCGGCCGAGCACCGCGUUAUGACCAACACCCUUCUCUCGCUCUGCGGCUGCUGCGUCUCUACUUUUAUCUUCUCCAUGCUCCUCCGUCAAGGCCACAAGUUUGAUAUGGUCGAUAUUCAAAACGCCACUCUGGCUGGCGGUGUUGCUGUUGGCGCUUGUGCCAACCUUGUUAUUCAACCUUGGGGCGCACUUCUUAUCGGCAUUGUCGCUGGCUUUGUUUCCGUUUUCGGCUACACUCGCAUCCAGGGUAUGCUUGAAGAGAAGAUUGGCCUGCAUGACACUUGCGGUGUGCACAACUUGCACGGCAUGCCCGGUCUGCUCGGUGGUAUUGCUUCUGCCUGCGCCGCCGCUGCCGCUGAUACUUCCACCUACACUGUUAGCGGUAUUCUUGCCAACUUCCCAGACCCGAUCGAUCGCAGCCAGUAUGUGCAGGGCGGCUACCAACUGCUUUCCGUGUUUGUCACGGCCGGCAUUGCCAUCGUGUGCGGCCUGUUUGUUGGAUGGAUUAUCCGUCGCCCGUGGUUUGAGCCCCCGGAAACCAACUUCAACGACGAAGAGUUCUGGCACGUGCCUCUUGGUACUGAAGAUGACGACCCGGAGAUGGACCCUGCCAAGAUUCGCGAGAUGAAGUUGGCCAAGCCGCAGAUGAACGCCCGCUCGAACAACUUCAACACCGCCAUGCGACGAAAGGGCCCUGGCGCAUCCAACAACACGAUGCGUCUCUCGGCCACCACCUUUGGAGCAAGCCAGCCAGUCAAGGACCCCGCCGCAGAUCGCGUUAUGGCCGCAAAUGCCGCCUGGGACAACCCGCUCAACCGCGGCAGUCUCGACGUCCCUGGACGCGGUCCUUCUAUUAUCGUCGAGUCUAGCGAUGAUAUCAUUGCCCAAAACUACAAGCUAGACAUGGAAGCUGCCAACUAAUGGGCUGUUUGUUUGUGGUUUGUUUUGGGGCCGAGGGGUCUUCUCCUCGUUUCAUUGGUGCGCCGUUCUUUUACUUAUUUCGUUUUUUUUUUCCUUUUUCUUCUCUUGUUCGCUCCUGGCUCUGCUUUGACGUUUGUUGAAGACUAAGGAGCAAAAGCUUUGUCAUGGUUACUUGUCGUUUCGUCUGUGUUGUGAGCAAUUGUCCAUGUGUACGUGCAAGGAUAUGCAAUUUUGUCACUUUCACCAUAA